UUCACGUCUGACGGAUUUCCGCAUUUUACCCGCACCCGUUAAAUAUACCUCCGUGCAUUACAAGGCCCCAGCAGGAAUCAUCUGGUCUGGAUCAGCAUAGAAAUGGAUGGAUCUGCUUCUGAAAUGCGCCCCCCGAUGGGGUGUAACAGAAAGAGCCCUGAGAGAGGCCCCAGCAGGAAUCAUCUGGUCUGGAUCAGCAUAGAAAUGGAUGGAUCUGCUUCUGAAAUGCGCCCCCCGAUGGGGUGUAACAGAAAGAGCCCUGAGAGUGUCCUGAUGAAGAGAGCAGACUCCCCUGUACCCAGCUGUGUUUCCCUGAAGAGUGACUGGUCAAUGGACCCCAUACUCCACUUCAGAGAGGGACCUUUUCCUACAGGUCAAAGAGACCAAAUGGAAGGAUGCAGUUCAGAUCUACAUGAUAAAUCAGGUUUAUCAUCCAUAUUGAAGUCACUAGAGGAAAAAGCCACGAAGUUCCUAAAGGACGAGCUGAAGACGUUUGUGAGCCACCUAGAUCAGAAUUACCCAGAAUGCUUUGAGCCUCAGCUGGAGGAGGACAAUGACCUGGACUGUGAUGGUCAGAUGCAGAAGACCAGUGGUAGAGAGGGAGCUCUGAAGAUCACACUGUACAUCCUGAGGACCAUGAAGCAAAAUGAUCUUGCUGAUCUGCUGGAGAAUAGACAGCUCAUGCUACAGGAAAUCAAAUGUAAACUUAAGAAGCAAUGUGAGUGUGUAUUUGAAGGGAAAGCUAAGGAAGGACAGCCAACACUUCUCAGUGAGAUUUACACAGAACUCUACAUAACUGAAGGUGGGACUGGAGCAGUCAAUGAUGAACAUGAAGUGAGACAGAUUGAAACAGCAUCCAAGCAAAGGCGAACAGAAGAUACUACAGUCAAGUGCAAUGAUAUAUUUAAACCCUUAUGUGGGCGUGAGACACUGAUCAGAACUGUACUCACGAAAGGGGUGGCAGGUAUCGGGAAAACAGUCUCUGUGCAGAAAUUCAUUCUCGACUGGGCAGAAGGAAAAGCAAACCAGGAUGUUCACUUCAUAUUUGCUCUUCCUUUCCAGGACCUGAAUUUGAUUAAGAGUGAAUACAGUCUGAUUAAACUGCUUCACCACUUUGUCCCAGAACUGAAAUCACUUCAAUCCACUGAGCUGUUUAGGUACAAAGUCUUGUUCAUCUUUGAUGGUCUGGAUGAAUGUCGCCUUCCUUUGGAUUUUCAGAACAAUGAGAGCUGGUUUGAUGUAACAAAGAAAACGUCACUGGAUGUGCUGUUGACUAACCUCAUUAAGGGGAAUCUGCUCCCAUCCGCUCUCCUCUGGAUAACCUCCCGGCCAGCAGCAGCCAGUCAGAUACCUCCUGAGUGUGUCCACCAGGUGACAGAGAUACGAGGGUUCAGUGAUGCCCAGAAGGAGGAGUAUUUCAAGAAGAGAUUUAAUGAUCAGAGCCUGGCCAACAGGAUUAUCACACAUGUGAAAUCAUCAAGGAGCCUCUUCAUCAUGUGCCACAUUCCUGUGUUCUGCUGGAUUUCAGCCACUGUGAUUAAGAGGUUUUUUAGUGAGACUGACAGGGGAGAAAUUCCAAGGACACUGACUGAAAUGUACACACACUUCCUGAUCUUUCAGACAAGUUUAAAAAAUGACAAGUAUAUGAAAAACCAUGAAACUAAGCUUAAGGAAUACAGCAAAGAGUUCCUUUUAAAACUUGGUAAACUGGCUUUUGACAGCCUUGAGAAAGGCAAUCUCAUAUUUUAUUAA